AUGGCGGCUGUCGAAGAGGCUGCGGAGCCGGUAACUGGGCUGGCGGGCGCUGGACCAAAGGCGAAGGACGAAGAGGAGGAGGAAGAGGAGUCGCUGCCGCCGUGCGAGGCAGUGCGCUGGGCGCCAGUCGGGGCCGUGGCGUUCUCCGAAGAGGCGGCGGCCGAGGAGCCCGGAGUGGUCCCCGGCUCCCCGCCGGACUCCCCCGGCCGGACGCUGAGGAGGCUGCGGGCCGAGAGGCGGCGGCUGGACUCGGCGCUGCUUGCGCUGUCUUCGCAUUUCGCGCAGGUGCAGUUCCGGUUGCGGCAGGUGGUGCGCGGGGCGCCGGCGGAGCAGCAGCGCCUCCUGCGCGAGCUCGAGGACUUCGCCUUCCGCGGCUGCCCUCACGUCCUGGGUUACGGGGGCUUGGAGGACCCCGCCAGCGAUGAUGGCGACGGGCUGCCGGGGGACCGACCACAGUUACGGGGCGAGGACCAGGCCUUGAGUGAGCAGGAGAAACGGGAACGUCUGGAAACCCAAAGGGAGAAGCAAAAGGAACUGAUCCUGCAGCUCAAAACCCAGCUCGACGACCUGGAAACGUUUGCCUAUCAAGAGGGCAGUUAUGAUUCCCUUCCACAGUCCGUGGUCUUGGAAAGACAGCGGGUGAUCAUUGAUGAGUUAAUAAAGAAACUGGACAUGAAUCUGAAUGAGGACCUCAGCUCACUGUCCACUGAGGAGCUUCGGCAGCGUGUGGAUGCCGCUGUGGCUCAAAUCGUCAACCCAGCCCGAGUGAAAGAACAGCUGGUUGAGCAGCUGAAAACUCAGAUCCGAGACCUCGAGAUGUUCAUCAGCUUCAUCCAAGAUGAAGUAGGAAGCCCGUUACAGACAGGGAGUGGACACUGUGAGUGCAAGGCCAGUGGGAAGACAGGAAGUGACUUCAGCAGAACUGGCAGCAGCAGACUGCCUCCAGGAAACAGCAAAACGAAGGCAGAAGAUGUGAAGAGAGUUCGGGAGACAGGGCUGCACCUGAUGCGGCGAGCGCUGGCAGUGCUGCAGAUCUUUGCCGUCAGCCAGUUCGGGUGUGCCACGGGCCAGAUCCCGCAGCCCCUGUGGCCGAGGGGCCAGGGCGACAGGGACUACUCUCCCUUACUGAAGAGGCUGGAGGCAUCAGUCGACAGGGUGAAGCUGCUUGCCCUGAGGCACCAGGCGCAUGACCACAUCAUCACCUCCGCCAGCCUCCAGGACCUCUCUCUGGGAGGCAAGGAUGAGCUGACCGUGGCUGUGCGGAAGGAGCUGACAGUGGCUGUGAGGGACCUGCUGGCCCACGGACUGUAUGCCCCCUCACCGGGGAUGAGCCUCGUCAUGGCCCCCAUCGCCUGUCUCCUGCCUGCCUUCUCCUCGGCCCCCGAGGCCAUGCACCCCUGGGAGCUCUUUGUAAAGUACUACCAUGCUAAGAACGGCCGUGCGUAUGUGGAAUCCCCAGCCCGAAAGCUCUCGCAGUCUUUUGCCCUGCCUGUCACAGGAGACACUGUGGUAACGCCCAAGCAGAGCCUGCUGACAGCCAUCCACAUGGUGCUGACGGAGCACGACCCUUUCAAGCGCAGUGCAGACUCGGAGCUGAAGGCCUUGGUGUGCAUGGCACUGAACGAGCAGCGUCUCGUGUCCUGGAUGAACCUCAUCUGCAAGUCGGGGUCGCUCAUCGAGCCCCACUACCAGCCCUGGAGCUACAUGGCACACACAGGCUUUGAGAGCGCCCUCAACCUGCUCAGCCGCCUCAGCAGCCUCAAGUUCAGCCUCCCUGUAGACCUGGCUGUGCGCCAGCUCAAGAACAUCAAAGAUGCCUUUUGAUGAGAGUGCCCUGGCCCCAGACCAGCACCUUGCUCAGUGGGUGGCUCAGAUAGAUGCUUGUCUUCUAGGGUAAAAGCAAGAAUUAGGAGGAGGGACUAAAGACAUUUUCAUCAGCCAGAUAAUACAAAGUCUUUUCCCCAUCAACUUAGCAUCUCAGAAAGAUAUGCUGGAGACCCUCUUGUUAAAAGGUUCAGCCCUGGUGUGUGUGUACAUAUGAGCACAUGUACUUGAGCCUGUGGAAAAGAAGUCAGUCAUGGGUAUACCUUCAUCAUGCCACACCUGAGUUUUAGAAAAUCCAGGUUGCUGUAAGCAUUCUCUUCACAGUGGUGAGUGAGUUGUUGGUCCUGGAAGAGAUUUAACUUGAGGCUCCUGUCAGUCAAGUUGGGAGUCAUUUUCCUUCACUUGAAGCAGGUUUGUGAGAGUCCUGGGUCAGAAUUUAAAUUCCUUUUGUGAAUACCAAUGGCUCUGUCUUCCUGAGCCCAGGAUCGGGGAGGCCAUGUCUGUUCCAUAGCUUCCUCUAAAACUGGGAGUGGAAGUAUCUGAGAACAGUAUUUCUAAGGGUAUUAACCACAAUUGGUUUUUUUUUUUUUUUUUUUUUUUUUUUGUGGUGCCAUAAAGCUUCUGAGAUCUUAGUUCCCUGACCAGGGAUUGACUCCAGGCCUAUAGUGGUGAAAGUGCCACAUCUUAACCACUGGACUGCCAGGCAAUUCCCCAUGGUUGAUUCUAAUAUGAGCCCUUUUUCACGUAGAGGUAAGAACUGAAUUCUGUCUCUGACGAGGUAGUCAUGGCCCAGGUGAUGGUCUUUUAGUUUCGGAGCUGGUUUACAAGGACAACCACCAUCUGGUACCAUGUCCCCUGGCAAGUAACCUUUCCUCUGUGCACCUGCCAGCUCCCAAGAAGGAAAUGUGUUCAAGGUGUUCAAGGUUGUGCUCCGUGAGUCCUGGAGGCUGCUUGGUGGAGGAGGUCUGACCUCAUGAUAGUACUACAGCAGGGGUGGGAACUGUGGCCGAUCACUGGCGAUGGAGAGCGGGCUGAGCAUUUCUUUGUAUAACUGACUCUAGAUUGGUCAUAUUUGGUCUGUUUUAGCCUUUUUAGUUCAUAUCUGCUAUUCAGCUUGCAUACUGCUCUGGGACUGACCAAAGAUGAGCAAAGUGUAUCACCUUCUGGAAAGCCAAAUAGGUUCCCCAACACUACUGACUCAGCAUCAUUUCAUGUAUUAAAUUGCCAGCUGCACUUUGUGUCUGCACUGUUAUUUAGUGCAUUUUAACUUAAUUUGGGGGGUAAAAUAUUAUUUAAGAUCUAUUCUUGGUAAUUCAUUAGAAUGAGUCUUCCCUCCUGUGAAACAGGAUAAGUGUAAAAUAUUGUGGAAAAUGAUACCUGUGAUUGCUAAUAAAAUCAUAGUAUUUUGUGUAGCUUCUCUGCAAA